AUGGAAUCUUUAUCUAGCUCAGUAUGUCGAGCUUGCCGGCUUCGACUGCAGGUCAAGAAGCCAGCACUUCCAUCUUCUACACGCACCUUCACUUCUUCCUCCAUAAGACAAUACAUCCCACCCGAAUCACCAGCCUUCGUUGAAAUUCCGGAACCCAACCAACCGAUCCGCGAGCCUAAGCCCCCCACCAAGGGCCUUCUCCCCGUUCCGCGAGAGCUCUUCCCCCGUCGUCGACCAGACAAGCCCGGCCAGCAAUACCUGGACAACGUGACCCCAGAUGCACUGCCCCAUAACAUCCCACCACCCGAGUACCAGUCAGAAACCAAGAAAUACAAACUCCGCAUGUCGGAUUUGCGAAAAGAGCAUCUCCGCGAAUCCCUGACCCAACUACACGCCCGAAAAAUCACGCACGAGAAGCGAGUACAACAGCGGAGUGCUAUCAAGCGAGAACAGCACGAACGGCUCCUCAAUCAAGCCGAGCGUGAAGAUGAGCGACUGACGGCUAACACGGUCCUGACCUCCAUGAAACCAAAACAACUCCUCGCCCUCCCCGCAGAAGAAGAAGAAGCCAUCUACCAAGCCCGCAAAGCGCGCUACGACGACCUGCAGAACGCCAGGCGCGAAGCCCGUCUCGACAACCUACACACACUGUACAUGCACGCGCGGAAAUUCAUCACGACCCAGGAGCAGCUGGCGAGUGUGAUCGAUGCCGAGUUCGAGAAGGCGUCGGUCUGGAAACUGGGCCCGCCGUCCUCGCUCAAGGAUAUGUUGGCUGGACGCAACCCCGGCGAGAGUAAGGUCGAUGCGGGAUCUAUGACGAACCUGGUGCCCAGUAGUGAGCGGUUCUUGAGAGACCAGGAGCGCAUGAAGAAGAUUGCGGAGAAAUUGAGUGGUGGUAAGAUUUAA